AUGCGACUUGACGUUGUUUUGACAACAAAUUGUAUUUCUCUUUCGCUAUCCCAUUCUUUUCUUGGNCGUGUCGAUCUUGCACUUCACGAACCAACCAAACGAAAUUUACCUUUACAACCUGCGGAAUUCUUCUCCUCAGCUGGCUUCUACGUCGAUCUGAGUUAUCAACCUGUCCUAUCGCCUGUUAACAAUACAGUCAUCGUGCGUGAAACACGUUUAGCUUACUACAGACGAAUGUAUGCUGUAUUAAAGAGAAUUACAAGAAAAUUAAUUAGUCAAAAUACGAAAUUAAGCGCAUUGGCAACACCACCAACAGUUCUUAUUGUCACACAUCGUCCAUGUGUGACACUACUAGCGGCUAUGUUAAAUCUUGACGCUGUCGAUGAUAAAUUAGCAUAUCUGAGUGAAAUGGAAAAUAACAAACGUGGUGAAGUUAACUUUCUUUCAAUGAUUAUAGCUGAAUAUGAUGCAGCAACAGGCACUUGGAUGUUCCUUUCGGACUUUCCUCAACUACCAACAGCACCUUUAUUAACAGCGAGUACUUUGAUGAAUUCUUUGAAAAUAUCUGAUUAA